GUAGUAGUAAAUCAAAAUCCUCUCCUCUUUCUUUCUUUGUCAGAGGGUUGAAGAAAUGUUGAUUACUCACUUUUAUUAAUACUACUACUACUUCACUAGUGAUUCUCUCUCUAAUCUAAUCUCUUUCUCAUAUGGAGUUGUAGCAAUGAAAUGCAAAAGUGGAUUGAAAAAAUAAAGAUUGCAGCUUUUGUAUUUUUCUUUUGGACAUAUAAAAUUCUCUAGCUAAGCAAAGUCUUCUCUUUCACACCUCCCAAACUCCUCCUCUCUGUCCAUCACUACAGGCCUAUGGAGAUUGGAGAAUCUAGGGUUUGACACCAUAAGUCCAACUAAAGGUCUAUUUUUGUUUUCUUUCUUUGCUUAAUGUUAUAGCCCUGCUGCCUGCCUGCUUGCUGCUGAUUGAUUAAUCACCUUCAGGGUAUGUCCUGUUUUUCUGGUUGAUUUUUCUAGUUUUAUCUGUUUUCCCACCUGUUAUGCUGUCAAGAUUUUACCUUUCUUCAUGGUUGGUGUUGUAUCUCUGAAUUAUUUCAGGGGUGUCUAGUUUUUUCUUGUGUUAGCAUUAUUUGGUUAGAAUUUCUUCUAUUUUUAGGAACUAGGGCUCCUCUUUUCUGUUUCUUGUAUCUUUUUCUUUUACUUGGUUGGAUGGAGGAGAUUGAGGAAGCUAACAGGGUUGCUGUUGAGAGUUGUCAUAGAGUUAUUAGUAUGUUAUCUCAACCUCAUGAUCAGAAACAGUUUGGAAAUUUAGUGAGAGAUACUGAAGAGGCUGUUCACAAGUUCAAGAAAGUGGUCUCUCUCUUAAAUUCCAGUUUGGGUCAUGCAAGAGUAAGAAAGGCCAAGAAAAUUCUGACCCCUUUUCCUCAUAAUCUCCUGUUAGAGAACCCAAGUUGUAAAAUUGAUGAUCAGCCAAAACCCCUUCAGUUAAUGCCUAUCACCUCUCCUGAAAAUACAUGGCUGGAAAUUGGUUCUAAUGUAAACAGGACUCACCCUUCAUUGGAGUUAAGCUCACAUAGUAAAUAUCCUCUUCAGUUAGCCCAACAAACACCUUUGUCAAGCUAUCACUUUGUCCAACAGCAGCAGCAGCAGCUACAACAACAACAACAGAGGCGGUAUCAACUUCAGCAGCAACAAAUGAAGCAGCAGGCGGAUAUGAUGUAUCGGCGUAGCAAUAGUGGGAUUAGUCUAAAUUUUGAUAGCUCUACAUGUACUCCAACCAUGUCAUCCACUAGGUCGUUUGUCUCCUCAUUGAGUAUUGACGGAAGCGUUGCUAACUUGGAUAGUAAUGCCUUCCAUUUUAUUGGAGCUUCUCGCUCUGCGGAUCAGAGCUCAUUUCAACACAAGAAAAGGUGCUCCGGAAGAGGAGAGGAGGGAAGUGUGAAAUGUGGAAGCAGUGGCAGAUGUCAUUGUUCGAAGAAGAGGAAGCACAGGGUUAAGAGGUCAAUCAAGGUUCCUGCUAUAAGUAACAAACUAGCUGAUAUUCCUCCGGAUGAGUAUUCUUGGAGAAAAUAUGGACAGAAACCGAUCAAAGGUUCUCCGCACCCUAGGGGAUACUAUAAGUGUAGCAGUAUGAGAGGCUGUCCUGCCAGGAAACACGUUGAGAGAUGCUUGGAAGAACCUUCGAUGCUUAUUGUCACUUACGAAGGAGAACAUAACCAUCCUAGGUUGCCAUCUCAAUCAGCAAAUGCAUGAGAUCUUUAGAGAAAUGCUAGCAAGUAGAGAAGAUCAUCACAAGCCUCGGGAAAUUUCUCAUACUCUAUUUUUGACCAGCUUCAGUUGUUCCUGUACAUAUUUAACUUUGAAGUGCAGAUGGGACCAAAUUCUAGUUCAAAAUUGGGAGGUCUAUUAGGUAUAUGGAAAGGCAAAUGCGAAGCCAGGUUCAUGUAUAAUGAUGCAGUGAGACUUGAGGUUUCCUAAUUGUAAGAAUAUCCUCAUAAAGUAUGACUCUUUUUUUUAAAAAAGUUAGCAUUUUUGCAAA